AUGUCAUCGAUACCAGUUGCUGGGCAAGCAAAAACCAGUUCAAAUCACCGUGAUUCAAUAAAAAUUGCAACCAAUUCAAACCAAACUGAUGCUAUUGAAGUUUAUGAUAUUUCAAGAGAUAUUGAUAAUUCAUCAAGCGCUAUUCUCGAAGAGCAAUGUAAUAGUGAACAAUCAUUUGCAGAUGAAAAUAUUUAUGAAGAAUCUUCUACCGUAUCAACAGAGCAAAUUACAAAUAAAAGUGUAAACCUUAGUUACGAAGAAUAUAUGCAAUCAUUUUAUCCGCAUCAAAAUGAAAAUGUCUCUACAAAUAACAGCUGGACACUAUCAAAUGAUUUUAUUAAUAUAAUUAAAUCAAAUUUAUUCUAUACUGAACAUGUACGAUGGAAUAUUCAGCGCUCUCGAGCUUGUGACAUAAGUGAAGAUGUGACAAAUCUACAGCAUGAUGUUGAAAUUUUAGCAGAACAAGUGUCAAAAAUUAAUAAUUCUACUAAAACCAAAGAAAACAACAACCGUCAAGAAACAUUCCAACAUCAAUCAGAUAUUGGUAACGACAAAGAAGAAGACGAAGAAAAAGAAGAUAGACAACAUGAACAAGACGAUGUAGAAGAGGUUACAACACUCGUUAAGUCGACAAGAGCACGUCCAAAAAGGAAAGUUCAACUUCCUGAAAAUAUUUGGGAAUCUGAAAUAUAUGCAAAUAUCAAUCAUAGAUAUUGCCAACACCGUCAACCACCAAAGCUUAUAUCUAAUUUGAACACAACAACAUCAGCAUACCAAUAUGACCAAGAGAAUAAGGAAACAGCUUUGGAUAAGCUUGCUUUAAUUGAAUACGUAGACAAGGGUGGUCAUUAUAGCGACGAGCUAUGCAACGUUUUCAGAUCUGACAUGAAUAAUAAACAAAAAAUCAGUUCCUAUGGAUUUUUAGCAACCUUUCUUAAUUGUUCCGUUAUCGUCGGAUUUACCGAGCAACCAUGUUCAGAAGGAAGUUCGUAUGAAAAUUUAAAAUUUAUUACAGAGCAAAAAGCAGUUUUCUUUCAAAAAAUAGUGCGACGAGUCAUUCAUCAUAUAUUAACAAUAUUGCGAUUUGGUCAACUACCACGGGCAAUGUGUUACGACUCGGUGUGCACUCUGAAAUUGUUUAUUAACAAACAUUUCGGAUCUAAUGACUUACAGUCUACAGAUAAUAAGAAGUUUCUAACAUCCUUGACAAUGGCAAUUGAUCGUUUUCAUGCAAGAAAUCAUACACGGCCUAUGUGUCGCACCAUCAUGCAAUCGGAUCAUCCAUGUCAUAACAAGGUCUACGAGUUUGUUAAUACGGAGGUUGCUGAGCAAGUUUUUUUCAUAUUUGUCAAAGUUUAA